CUGAGCAGUACAGCAGACUGUAAAUUAAGUGAGACAAUACAGAGAGAAUAAGGAGAAAGACGCGAAAGAAACUGGCUGAGAGAAAGAGAGAGAGAGAGAGAGAGAGAGAGAGAGAGAGAGAGAGAGAGAGAGAGAGAGAGAGAGAGAGAAGACAGAGCGAGUGGGGGGCUCUAAUCAUUGGUCUCAUGUUUCAAUCGCUCAUUUGACACAACAGAAUUCUUGGCAGAAGAAUGCUCUCUCCCGUAGGCCAACUGGCUGUGAGCGCAGGGAUAUGGAUGUCCCCUAAGUGUGGAUACCACUCCUGUUUGCUCCCUAUCCUUCUUAAUCUUCAGCUUUCCAGCACGGGGGCAUCUUGGCCAAAUGCUUUCAGGGCACAGGUGGAUAAGUGUCCAGGCCCACAGUGGAAUGCAAUGUGUCGUACCUGUUGUGAGUAUGAGCAGAUUGCGUGUAAGUGUCCAUCUCAGGGAACGAAAGUGGGCUACGCUGUACCCUGCUGUCGAAAUGUUCUGAAUGAGUGUGACCCCUGCAUCCUACACCAAGGUUGCAGCAUUUUUGAUAACUGCAAGAGUUGCAACAAUGGCACCUGGCAGGCCAAGGAUGAUUUCUACAUCAGAGGCAGGUACUGCACGGCAUGUCGUCAGGGGUGGUCUGGUGGAGACUGUCUCACAUGUGGAGGGGUUAUACAGAGAACACAAGGUCAUGUGACAUUAGACAGUUAUCCAAUCAAUGCCAAGUGUGAAUGGACACUACAAGUUAGCCAAAGUGCAAUGAUGGAACUCAGGUUCUCAAUGCUUAGCCUGGAAUCUGACCAUAGUUGUCGAUAUGACUAUGUAGAGGUGCGAGAUGGGGACAGUCUGAAGUCACCUGUAAUUGGCAGAUACUGUGGGGAUGAAAGCCCUUCACCAAUCAGAAGCUCUGGAAACUCUCUGCAUAUUCGUUUCGUGUCAGACGGCUACAAUAACUAUGAUGGGUUUUUUGCUACAUUCCAGGAAGUCUCAGGACAAGCAAAACCUCUCUGUGCAACCCCUAAUAAGCCUUCAAAUGGAGACCUAUUCCUGCGGUACAAGGAAGGAGACAUCAUCAGAUCAGUGCAGUAUCUUUGCUAUAAACCCUACAAGCUCAAGGGAGCAUCUCAGCGGGAAUGCUUACCCAAUGGCACUUGGAAUGGAACUGCUCCUGUAUGCAUAAAAGAAAUUAUCAUUAAAGACUGUCCAAGUCCACCACAACUCCACAAUGGAUACUCCAUAGAGGUUGCAGGCUCUGAUGGCAAAAUCAAAUAUGUGGAAUUUUUCUGCAACAAUUCCUACAUUCUCAGCGGGGACUCCAAAAGAACAUGCCAGAAGAAUGGGACCUGGAGUGGCAGUCAGCCCCUGUGUAUCAGAGCCUGUAGAGAACCUAAAGUUUCAAAACUGGUGCGGCAGAAGGUUUUAAAAUUCCAACCUCCUUCCAGGAAAAGCCCAGUCCACAAGCUAUACUCUGCAUCCAGACAGGGUGGGACAGAAGCAGUCUCGCUUGACAGAGAUUUGCCUGUUGUCACAGAUUUGCCACAAACCUUCCAUCAUCUGUAUACCAGCAUAGAAUAUGAGUGUAUCUCAACGCUUUACAAGCAUUCGGGAAGUGCACGUCGCACGUGUUUGAAGACUGGCAAAUGGAGUGGUCGUCAUUUUUCUUGUUUACCAGUAUGUGGUAAAUUGCCACCAGCCAGUCUUCAAAAUUUAACAGAAAUUUACUGGCCAUGGCAUGCUGCCAUUUAUACCCGUCUCCACCACAUUAGUCCUCUUAUGGGAAGGACGAAAAGACGGGGGGACACAUUUGCCAUAGAUGAGGAUGAGGAGGGAGUGAAAGAGGAGGAGGAGCAGGUAAAAGAGGGCCAGAGGUGGCAGCUCGUCUGCAGUGGGGCUCUGGUGAACCAGCUCUGGGUCGUGGUGGCUGCACAUUGUGUGGCGGAGCCUGGAGGGUCUGAACCCCUCAGUGGAGAUGAUCUAAAUGUAGUGAUGGGAAAACAUUACCUCAGUGACCUCAGAGAGAACAAGAGACUACAGCACAUACAGAUUUCUCAGAUCUUAUUACAUCCACACUAUGAUCCACAUCUCUUGGACUCCGACCUUGCCUUACUAAAAUUGGCGGACAAAGCUCGAAUCAGUGAAUAUGUGUCACCUGUUUGCCUGCCACAUAUGCAGGGUGGGGAGGUCACUGCAAAGCAGGCUUUCCUCACUGGCUGGCCCAUAACAGGUCAACACAGGUUAGCAGCUCACACAGAUUCUGAGGAACCUCAGACUGGGCUGGUAGAAUUAGCUGAUGUGGUAAAGUGUGAAAGGCAAUACAGCAAACAAGGGGUCCCAAUGAGUCUGACUGAUAACAUGCUGUGUGGUCGGCAACAUCCACUCAGCCCGUCAAUGAUCUGCCCCUCCCAGACUGGAGGGAUCAUCCUUGUACCCUCCACUGAUACCCAACUGACUGCAGGGCUACAGAUUUUGUACCCAACUGGAGCGGAAAACACUGAUUCUAAUCAUGCUUGGGAACUACUGGGGCUGGUGAGUUUUGGCUAUGAUCUCCAGGGCUGUAAUCCAGAUUUGUUCUCCAUUUACACACGGGUGGCCAACUUUAAAAACUGGAUUGAAAAGAACAUUACAUAGAGCUCUAUAUCAAAUAGAGAUUUUCUGUACAGUGUUUUUCAAUGUUCCACAUAUUAUAAAGAGUGGAGAUGAGAUUUGUUGCAAUUGGCCUUUGAUAUUUUAAAUUACUUUGAACUGAUUUAUGACUUGGCAAUAUGAUGCAAAAAUGAUUUUAUCAAAUGUACAGAACAGUGAUGAAAGAAAGUGUGAAACUUGUGAUUUCACAACUAGUUUAUGCCAUUGUGUGAGGAUUUGUUUGUGCAUGGUAAAAUGAAGAGUAAGCAUUUUAUGUGAAUUCAGUCUCUGGGUUUGCAGGCCUUAGCUUGUCUUUGGUCUCAAGCCCGCUUUUCAAAACCCAGUACUCAUACUUUUUACACAACCAAUAUACUUACACUUGUUUUAAUUGCAGCCCUUGCCUAAAACUAAAACUGGAACAAUGUAUUUGUCAAAACAGUGUGGCAUUCAGUGUUUUUAUUAAACAAUUUAACUUUUGA